UACCGAAAUACUAGUAUGGUAUAUACUGAAACCGAACCUAAUGACCAUACGCCGUGGGAGGUCGUGUUAUAUUACUACUUGGUUAUACUCCCUCCGUUCCGAAUUAUUUGUCUUAGAUUUGUCUAGAUACGGAGGUAUCUAACACUAAAAUGAGUUUAGUUACAUCUGUAUCUAGACAAAUCCAAGACAAGUAAUUCAGAACGGAGGGAGUACAUAGCUAGUAGUUAUGCUUGCCUUUUGCGCUAUACGUACAGAACUGCAGACAGCAGAAUGCAGAUGCCUCCAUUUGGUUAAAAAAGGAUAGAUAUGGAGAUAUUUAGUCAUCAAAAGUUACAAACAUAACUGCAAAGUUCUUGCAUCACUUUCAAAUUCAUGUCACCUUUGGUAAAUUAGGUAUAUAUCGAAACCAUACCGAAAUAGGCGGCAAGCAAUGCCGAUUUUGGAAUGCUUGAUCUCGAUUCAUGUUCUUUGCAAUCUGAUUCCAAGUUAAUUGCAGUUAAGCUUGCUACAACGCGCAUGUUCUGGAGGUCGGCGCUGCAUAAAACUAUUGAGCUAGCGGAGCUUGCCUUCACCUUUUAUGCUCUCUGGUGCAAAUCCCUAAAAGACGUGUGAGCAAAUACUCGACAAGCUCCGGCUCACAGAGUGGAGACUGGAUAGCGUAUACGCUCUUGACAAGUCUGUACAAUGGAGAUGCGAUGGAGGGCACAAAUGAAAGACUUUCAUCAGUCAGUGAUGCAAAGUUCCCGGCAGAAUGCCCUGGGGAGCUCUCAGAUAAUGGGAUGAGCCGUUCACGAAGCUCCAUGAAGAUCCAAGAACUGGAUAGGUACAUUGAAUUACUACAUGAGGAAGUGGCACUAAUGAGGCAGGAACUUAGGGGAGUUCGCACAAGUCAGCAGGAAGUAGUAGAAACAGUUGAUGAUAUAAAGAAAUCCUUCUUCGGCUGAAGUCAUUUUAUCUAUGAAAGCACCGGUUGCCCUAGCUACACUUUUGAGUACAAGUGGCUGAGAGAAUGGAAGGGAGGGCGAAGAACCCAGCGGCGUCGGUGGCCGUCGUGGCGGUGCCGUUCCCGGCGCAGGGCCACCUCAACCAGCUCCUGCACCUGUCUCUGGAGCUAGCCUCGCGCGGGCUGGACGUGCACUACGCCGCGUCCCCGCCGCACGUCCGCCAGGCUCGCGCGCGCGUGCACGGCUGGGACGACGACGCGCUCCGCUCGAUCCACUUCCACGACCUCGCCAUCUCCACCUACGUCUCCCCGCCUCCAGACCCCGCCGCCGACCCGCCCUUCCCCUCCCACCUCAUGCCCAUGUUCGAGGCCUUCACCGCGGGCGCGCGCGCCCCGCUCGCGGCCGUCCUGCGCGAGCUCUCUGCUUCUCGCCGCCGCGUCGUCGUCGUGCACGACCUCAUGAACGCCUUCGCGUCCGAGGAGGCGGCGCAGCUGCCCAACGGGGAGGCCUUCGGGUUUUACUGCACCGCCGUGUCGUCCAUCGUCGGGCGGAUGGACGCCGGGCACCGGCUCCUGCGCGACAACGGCCUCACGCACCUCCCCACCCGCGUGUCCCAGGAGUUCCUGGACUACGCCAGCAAACGCGCGAUGGUGGCGCGGUCGAUUUCGGACGGCGCCGGCAUCGUCGUCAACACGUGCCGCGCGCUUGAGGGCGAGUUCGUCGACGUUGUUGCGGAGCAGACGGCGGCCGACGGCAAGAAGCUAUUUGCCAUCGGGCCGUUGAACCCGCUGCUCGAGGCGACGGCGUCGAACCAGGGGAAGACGCAGCGGCACGAGUGCCUGAGCUGGCUUGACCAGCAGCCCCCGUCAUCGGUGCUCUACGUGUCGUUCGGCUCGAGCUCCUCGCUCCGGGAGGAGCAAGCCGCGGAGCUUGCGGCGGCGCUGCACGGCAGCAAGCAGCGCUUCAUCUGGGUGCUGCGUGACGCCGACCGCGGCGACAUAUUCACGGACGCUGGCGACAACCGGCACGCCGAGCUGCUGUCCCAGUUCACCAAGCAGACCGAAGGCAUGGGGCUGGUGAUCACGGGGUGGGCGCCGCAGCUGGAGAUCCUGGCACACCGCGCCACGGCGGCGUUCAUGAGCCACUGCGGCUGGAACUCGACCAUGGAGAGCAUGAGCCACGGGAAGCCAAUUCUGGCCUGGCCCAUGCACUCCGACCAGCCGUGGGACGCGGAGCUAGUGUGCAGCUACCUCAAGGCCGGCCUCCUUGUGAGGCCGUGGGAGAAACACGGCGAGGUGAUACCGGCGACAACCAUACAGGAGGCCAUUGAAACGAUGAUGGUCGCCGAGGAAGGGCUCGCGGUGAGGCAGCGGGCAGAGGUGCUCGGGGAGGCCGUCCGUUCGUCGGCGGCUCAGGGCGGAUCAUCGCACAAGGAAAUGGACGACUUCAUAUCAUACAUGACAAGGUGAUGUAUGAUGAUGGAAAUUUUACACUGAUGAAGAAUGCUGUAGUUUCUGUUUAAAUAAACUUUGAGCAGUUUGAGUUGAGCUUGGAUUGUAUCACUUGAGAGGAAAUUUCAUUUCGUAAUUCUUGUCGUGGUUUUAGUUUAGAAUUAUGGAAUGGAGUGAUAGUAUUAGGAGUAGUACUAAACAAGCAUGAAUGGCCCAGUAUUUUCUUUGGUUGACACUGUCUCUUUGGGAUCACGGAUUAGAAGACUUGUCUGCCUUUUCUAAUGUAUUCUUCCUGUAAUCUUUGACUAUCUUAAAAAAUAUCUUGUUUGA